CAAGCCUUCCCCUCUCGGGUUCCAGCUGCUUCGAUUCUAUUGACGGACGGGAUCUCAUCAAGGUUACCUUCCAUCCCGUUACUAAUACAAAGUGUCCCUACCAACCCCUAGCAGCGGGGCGCUAGACUAGGGCUGCACGGUGCAUCGUUAAAACGCAGCGCAGCCCGAACUUUGACUGGACCUCAACUGUCAUCUCAGCACCAGACCAAGUCCCGGCCGCUGGAAUCUCAAACCACUACUCCACACUUGCUACCGGGGCCCAGAAUAGAGACGUUCCUAUUGUUCCACUUCGAUACCCUCAACCACCCCCCCGCGCCAACCCGAAUGGCAACGACUGGUGGCAAGCAUCUCGAACAAUAAGGAAGACAUCGCACAAUACCCAGACGCAGUAUCAUGUAGUGUUGGCUCGCAUUGUGUAGCACUCGUCGAAUUGACAACAAAACGCAGGCCUUAUCCGGCCAUUCAACGCUAUUCAAACACAGACGAACAAUAAUUGCCCAAACAACAAUCGCACAAAGCACUGGCUGCCUGACGUUGCCCGACUGUUCUUAAACGCCUCUUGAUCACCAGGAACACUGUCGGCUUCUUCCUCUUCUACAACUUUUUCCGGACGGCUGUCAUCUUCGCGACCGAUUGGAACCGUCAAGGAUCUUCCCAGUCCACCAGUCACUGCCAUUGAAGCUCAUGCCAGGCACCAGCUCGACUCAUAAACCCUAUCGGUCCUUGAUCUUCGUCACCCAUUGACGCUAUCAACCCAUCGUUCGCCACCCAUCCGAAGAACACCACCAUACAAAAUCCACGAACCAGUCUUUUCAUACAUCUCCCAUCAACCGUCGAUAUCCGCCCGAGACGUUUUCAAGUACUACGCUCCUUCCCAAGUCAGCAGGACGAACAUUUCAUCCCUCAGCAUCUCACAAAGGGCAAUAAACCUUGCCAUAAUGUCUGGCAAGAACGACAAAGUCCUACAGCCAGCAUUGUUCCCAAUGGAUUACACUAUGAUGCCAAUGUCAUCCACUUCGACUUCUUCCAAGCCCAAGCGGCCGUUUGACAUCAGCAACCUCAUGUCUCCUCCUGGUCCAGCUCCUUACGAGACAUUCAACCUUCGCGACGCCGCAAUGCCACCCUCAAAGCCCAUGUCCGCUGCAAGCAGGCAGCUGGGACCGAACCCGCCCAUUUCUCCUCCCAUCUCCCCCUAUACUAGGGCGAGAAACUCGAUUACAACGGACCCUCGCCUUUCCAUUUCGGACAACGACCCGAUCCUAUAUCCUGCUCCCGAAUCCGCUGCCAGCCCUCCUUCUGAGCCGCUCUUCGUCCCUUCGGUUCCUUCAGCCGAGCCGCUCGAUGACUUGGUCAACAAUCACAUUGCUUCUCGACCCCAGAGCAUUGUACGCGCCACAUCGCCCCCUAAGCCGGAGGAGUACGAGCUGGUGCUCUUUUUCAAGUCGGAGUGCCUGAAGAUGUGGCAGAAGGAUCCUCGGGACUGGCUUCGCAAGGAGCGCCAGUAUCUGCGAGCUGACAAGAAGAACCACACGAAAGCACGGCCCAUGGUUAACAGGCUUCCAACAAUUUUGCCCGCCGCUCAACCUCCGGCUCCGGCUCCGGCUCCGAGACCUCAGGUGGCGAGAACCAGCAGCAUUGGCCGCAUUCAGAAGCCCAGAGUCACCAAGGCACCGGCCCAAAACCCUCGACCGAUUCGGGCAACCCCUACGCACUCUCGACAGACGGCACGUGUUAGCGCCACACCUGAACCUAGGGUGCGAACAGUGGCACCGAACAGGGAGGACAAGGAUUUCGACGCUCUUCCCGACUACACACCCAGCAUUUUGACGCUACCCAACACACCCGGCUGUCUCAAGGUCGACUGGAAGGGUAAUGCGCUUGACUUGAGCAAAGAUCCCAAUAGGGCCCUUCUCCAUGAUGAGGAGCUCAGCCUUGCCGCCGCCCUUCGCCUGGAUUGUGCGACCUAUCUCACGAGUAAGAGGCGUAUCUUCAUGAGACGCAUUGAGUGUGCCAAGAUUGGCAAGGAGUUUCGCAAGACAGACGCUCAGCAAGCGUGCAAGAUCGAUGUGAACAAGGCAUCGAAGCUGUGGACGGCGUACGAACGGGUUGGCUGGCUUGACCCUAAGCACAUUGAGAGGUUUCUGUAUAACUGAGAGCCUCCAGUCCUGGAUGCAAUGGUUCUGUCUAAUCGGGUUGUCUUUCAUAACUUGCCAUUUCCACGGUUGCUCAUUUUGGCAUUUACCUGGCGCAUGGUGCACCCCACUCACUGGUUUGUUUGGUGAAACGGCUGGCUAGAUUGAUGACUUGGUUCGGGAUUUUACCCCCUUUUCAUGGCCCUGGAUAUACCCCCGGAGUUUGGCUUGUGGAAUCACUCUACUUUCUUGCACUAGUUAUUGCUUUUCUCUCUCCUUUUUUUUCUUUUUAAAUUGCUCCUGAUCACAUAACGAACACUCUUGCAUUUUCACGGCUGGUACUUAACGAUCAUUAUCGAUUGGGUCGGUUGGUUUGGUCAAUAGGCUCUGGCUUUGGUUUUUCCUCCCUGGCUCACUCGUAUUACGACAUCUUUUUUUUUUCUUGCUUUGUCUGGGACAGCCUGACCCCUUUCGCUUCAGAAUUUUGUUCACAGGAUUUUCUUCAAGGAAUCGGUCAAUUAUGGAAAGGGAGAAAGGAAGGAUCUCUGUUACUUACUCUUUUGCAUGUCACCGGAGAUGGACAACAUAGCACAAUAUGGAGGGAUUGGAGGGAGGAGGAAGACUGCUAACGGUUUUAACGACAUUAUACCCCCUUUUCUUUGUUCCAUAUGAUUUGCUUUUACUUGGCCUAGCACAUGGGUAGAAGCUGUGCCAUCCACUUUGUUUUUAUGAGUGAACGGUUUAUACGUUGAUGAUGGAGGGCGCGAAAGUACAGCGCGAUAUCACAACGUGGGAAUGUAGCUAUUGAACAGCGUUUUAUGACGGAAUGAAUGAGAUCAAAUCAGCAGACGCAAUUCACCUCGUGAAGAUUUGCUUUAUUGAUGGUUAACAUGUGCUUUCAUUUGAACAUCAAAAAUCAAUUCGACUUGUAAG